AUAUAAAAAUUUAUGAAAAUACUUUUUAAAAUUAUUUUUCAGUAGUGGAUAAUACCUAACAGGACAAUAGUAAGUGCGAAAAUGUCGGAAACAGGUGAUAUACCUCUGGAGCCAAAUUCCAACUUAAUGGAUGCCGAAGUACAGGUCCGAUCGGUGGGCGGACCUCGCAUCGAAAACAUUCUUGAAAUAGUCAACUCUUUCUCUAAGGCAAGAAUACAGGCAAUGACAACCGUCAUGGGUCUUAAGGAUUCUCUAAACAAGAAAAGCGAAGUAACACGUAGCAUCGAGGAAAUGAGCGCAAUCUUCUCGCAGCUAAGUGUUCUAUGUGGAACUACUGAUGGCAAUGACUUGACUAACAAAAAUAUGAGCAACUUGGUAGACAAAGUUGAAAAGAUUCAAUCUGCUGGCACCUCAUAUGCGGACAAAAUCAAGGCUGCAACCGCAAAGGUUCAAAUUACUGCAAAUAAGAAGGUUACACCAAACCUUAACAAGGCAAUCAUCCUUACGCAAAGAGACCCUGAGGGUCCGCUAAGGAGUUGCGAAGAUACCAAAAAGCAAAUUAUGAACAAACUUAAACCAGAGAAUCUUGGUUUAAAACCUGAACGAAUUACAAAUUUUGGCAAAAACGGCAUAAGGAUUACUGCCAAAGACAUAGACGAAGAAAAGGUUAGCAAACUUGCACUAAACAAAGCUGGCUUGGACUUCAAAAUAGUGGGCAAAUUUCAACCAAGAUUGGCAAUUUUUGGCGUCCCUGCUGAACUUGAAGCAGAAGAUUUAAAAGAAGGCAUAUUAAAUGAGCUUGACCUAGACCAGGAAAAGCUAACAGUCAAGCACAAAUUUGGGCCAAAAGGCAAACAUGGUCGUCGAAGUCUCUACCAAAAACAGAGCAACUCUAUUAACAAACGAGCGUAUCCAUCUAGGUUGGUCUUCGUGUUUAAUUAG